UUGUGAUUCUAGGGUAUUGGUUUUUUUGGUGAAUUAUGGUGAUCAAAUUUUUCUUUUUGUGAUUUUGUUGAAUGGUGACAGGGUCUGUUUGGUUGAUGAGAAAAUUGAUAGAUAUGGGAGGGGAAGUGUUUGGUUUACGAGAAAAUUGAGGGGGGGAUGGUGUUUGGGCUUGGAAAAGCUUUGAACUUGGUGCGAAAGGAUUAAGCUUUACAACCUUUUUUUUUAUUAUUAGUUUUUUUAAUUAGGGACUUGGGAGGUUAUGUAUGGACCUGAAUUAUUAAGGAGAAUUAUAGAUGGAUGGAUUGGAAUACAAUUCUUGUGUUUGAACUGUUUUUCCAUUGUUAAUGGUUGUUUCAAAACUGUGAGAUAAAGGACAAGUUGUGUGUUAAAGUGUAUUGUUAAGCUUGAAAAGGAAUGAACUUGCGUGAGAGAAGGAUUGGAGAUUUUUUUUUCUUCGUUGUGUUGUAAUUAGGUGUUUAGUGGUUUAGGAUUAAUAUAUUAUUAAGGAAAAUUAGUGCUAGAUUCAAUGGAAUUCAAACUUAACCGUCAACUGUUUCUUAAAUGCUUAGUUGUAAUUUGAUUUUGCUGAGGUUUAUUUGCGGUGUUCUAAUUGUUAUUCGUUAUUUAAGUAAUUGGAUGCUCUGCAAUGGAAAUUUUUUCUGACACACAAACACCUUUUUUAACCUUUUUCCUUUUGCUUUUGGGUGCUCCUGGCUGCAGGAUUUACUGAGUUCUAGUAUUUAUUCGAAUCCGCACUGCUUAAUCCUUUGCUUAGGUGUGAGUACCUGGAGGAUCUGAUGCUAAAUUACAUGGUUAAUUGACUUUUCUUUUUGCUUUAUUGGCAUAGAUGAUUUUGAUGGAAACUUAUCUCUGGUUUUUUGUUUAACAUUCGAUAACAUGGGAGGACUAAUUCGUGAAUAUUGAUUCUUGUGUAUGCUUGUUUCAGUUUAGACCCUUUUUCAUCAAAUCUAAUAUUUCUUGAAGCCUCGAGGAAAUAGCAUGUAAAAUAAAAUAGACUAAUGAAGGAUAUUGUCACAUAGAAGGUUAUUCAGCUUGUUGUCCUUUUCAUUUCCAAUAUCAAGAGAUGUCAAGCGGACCAGUGAGAAGGGUCUUACCAAAAGACAUACAAGUUGUGCAAAAUCUCAUAGAGCGGUGUCUUCAACUGUACAUGAACCAGAAUGAAGUUGUGGAAACGUUGUUGGCUCAAGCAAAGAUUGAGCCUGGUUUCACUGAACUUGUUUGGCAAAAGCUUGAAGAAGAGAAUCGAGAAUUCUUCAGGGCUUAUUAUCUGAGGUUGAAGGUAAAGCAACAAAUAGAGGAAUUCAACAAGCUGCUUGUGCAGCAGGCUCACUUGAUGCAUGACCUAAAUUCAACCAGAGUUGCCCCAAUGCCUACUUCUAAUGGAUUUCAUAUCUCACCAUUGCACCAGAAUACAGCAUGCUAUGGUCCGGAUCAUACAGGACCAACCUUGAAGCCAGAGAGCAUGCAUCACCCUAUCGGCUCCAGUUUGACAAAUGCAUAUACUAAUGGUGGAUCAUCAUUGCACUCAAGUAUGCAUGCUGCGGUUGAAAUAUCUGCUCGUGCCAAUAGAAUUGAUGCACCUCCAAACAUGCUUUCAAUGCAGAGCUCAAACAUUGGUUUGCUGCAAGGAAUGAAUGGGGGAAUGAUCAAAUCAGAAGCUGGUUAUUCAGGUACUUCCCCUUACAUGUUUGGCGCUGAUGGCAAUGUCCUAGAAGCACGCCCAUCUAUUGCAGAUGCAUCUGUUGCAUCUUUCAGCAGUGUAGACUCCAGUUCGCAAGCCUUGAAUGAGUCUAUUCUGGACGCAGACACUUCUUCAUUUGGAUUUUUAAGUCAGAUUCCUCAAGUUUUCAGUCUCUCGGAUCUGACAGCUGAUUUUACCCAGAGUUCAGAAAUAUUGGAGAACUAUUCAAGAUCACCUUUUCUAGCAGCAGACAAUGAUAACUUCCCAGAUUCUCGUGAAAGAGAACAUCCAGGAGAUAAUAGAAGGCUGGACUCCAUAUCAGAAGGCAUGAGUUAUGAUGAUUUUGGAAGUGAAUAGUAGUCUUAGAAUUUCUGUGUUUUGUUAUUGCAGGUCCAACUGCAUCCCUAGUACAGGUUUUGUAAAUAGCAAUUUAGCUUGGGAGAAGCUUCCUAUGUAGAAACCACUGGAGAUAUUGAUUGGCGUGUAAAAUUUCGCUGACUUCUGUAUGUAGUGAUGACUGUUGACAGUAGGAUUGUUUAGGGUGAAAAAAAGAAGUUCAAAAUAAUGCAACAGUACGUUUUCUAGUACCAUGAGAAUGCAUGGUAAUAAGUUACACUAAAUCUAGGUGUUUGCAGAAACAUAUAUUUGCAGUUUGGUGUGAUGAUACAGUUGUUCUUGUUGAUUGGUCCUUUGCCUUAUGUAAUAUUGGGAUUUCAUUUUUGAAUGAGAUUCUGAAUUUCAUAU